GUCUUCUGACCCCUCUUCCUGAUUUUUUGCUUACUAUGUAGUCCUCUGGCCAUAGUAUGAGCUCUAUCUGCAUCUAUUUGUCAUUUAUGUUUCAAUUGCUCUCCCUAUCUUGCCGCCUCUCCUAUCCUGCUUCGCCUUUUUCCGUCUGCACGAGUCGCUCGAGAACCCAGCUCUCAAUCAUCUGCGACGACUUGUCUCCGGGCACGUCCUGCCUGCAACAUCCGCUAUUUGGCAGAGUCUGGGAUUUAUUUCUCUGCCGUCUGACGUUGACAGCUUUCCUAUACCAGCUUCUGCACUUUUUAUCCUUACUCUUCCGCGUAAAACCACUCCACCACAAUGAGCCCCCGUCGGUCCUCUCGUGCCCGUACCUCACAGCCCUCGCCAGCGAUUCAGCAUACGAAUUCUUCCAGUUCUUCAGCUUCCAUGACUCGAGAGAGAAGCACGAGAUCGAACCACAAAAAUCCCUCUCCACGCUCGCAGUCCGAUGACGAUGCCGACAAGGGCGAUUUUCGCGAGACGCGCCAACGCCAACGCGCGAGAGGAGACGAAGAAAAUGACGUACACUCCAAAAUUGGAGAUGGCGAGGACGACGAUGUCGAUGAAGAAGAUGAAGAAGAAAUCACUAGGUGCCUCUGCGGACAGCAGGAUUAUCCUGGGCUUCCACCCUCUCGCCGCGAGGCCCUCAAUCGCAAUGGGGCGCGGAGUGGGAUCAAGGAUGAGAAUCCUUUAGAUUCGUCUCUGGACUCGUCAGACCUGAUGUCAGAUGAUAUCGGCAGCAUGUUCAUCCAAUGUGAUUCAUGCAAGGUCUGGCAGCAUGGUGGCUGUGUGGGGAUUAUGGAUGAGGCUAUGAGCCCUGAUGAGUAUUUUUGUGAAGAGUGUCGAAAAGACCUACAUAGGAUCAAAAGUGAGACAAAUGGAUCACACUCUUCUCAGUAUCUUCCCGUUGCACCCGCUCCAUCCUCUACAGUAUCCUCCCGAGACUCUUCCCGAGAUAAUGCAAAACGUGCGAAGGAUCAGAAGUCAAGGCAGUCUGACCCAUUUCCGAACCCGAAGCGUAGGUCUACUAUGAACAGCCGUGACGCGGCGUAUGAUGAGGAGGAACAGUUGCGACGGGCCAUAGAAGAAAGCAAGGAAGAUAACAAGACCACCGACGGAGAGGAGAGUACUACUCGGAGACCCAAAAGAAGCCGCAGCGAUAGUGACGCGCAUCGACAGCUCGCGAAACGACCACGGACGCGUUCGCCUUCACCUACUAUUAAUCCGAAGCAAAGUAACCCGGCAUCACCAGCUUUGUCAGACGACGAGGCUAAAUCGAGACCAAUUGUCAAUGGCAAUAGAAAGCCGAGAGCCGCAUCGCGAGGACAGCGUGAAAAGGACACCAAGGAGCUGGAUGAGCCCGAGGUAGAACAGCCGGAACACACGGGACGAAGGAAAGGGAGGAGUGAUCGGCGAAAAGGCGAAGGUGAGAUUCAGGGCGAUGCGAUUCAGAAAAUCCCGGCUAACAGUAUUCAAGGAGCCGAAUCAGAUCAUGAAAUAGUAGAGUCUCCAGUCAAAAUGACGGCCAUUGAACCCGAAAUCCCACCACGAAGCCCAGAAACCUCGGCUCCGGUUCCGGAAACUGCCCCUUCACGUCCAUCUACACGCAAAUCCGGCCGACCACCUGCACGACGUGGGCGCGUAGGGCGCAAUCAGUACACACGAGAUCGAGAUCUGAACGGGACUGGAACGGAUUCAAAUACAGGAAACUCUCCGCGCCGCGGGCAAUCACUUGAUACUGGUGGGGAUUCCCCGCGGAUUGGCUCUCUCAGUACGCCAGUAAAUGGCACAGAUACAGGGAAACCAAGCCGGCCCCGCUACGUCCAUCAGCGAACAACCAUGAAUGAGAUGAAGAGGCGGGUAGCAGCUAUAUUGGAGUUCAUAUCACGUAUGCAAGUCGAGAUGGCCGUUGCCGGCGAAAGCACAACUCCACCUGAACGAUCCAACGGUUUCGACGCGCAACGAGCAGAAAAUGUGUCAAAGACCGCCGGCGAAGGAUCUUCGGAUGGUGUGCGCACAGAGAAAGACUUCAAGGAUCUCAGCAGCGUUGAGAUGAUGGAUGUGCUCACCCGUCAUCUCCUCAAAUGGCAGCAAGAAUAUGGCAAGUUCGGCGAAAGGUGA